AUGGUGGUGGCUCCAAAGAUCAUUGGAGAACUCUGGUGUGAAGAUAAAUGCACCUCUCUCUUGGGGAUGCUGCAGCUGCCUUGUGCCAAGGGCAGGGUGCCCUUCCUGGCCCUCCGACACCUCUUCCGUCACCCCGCUGCCUUCCUGAGCACCCCACGGGUGGAAUACAAGCCAAUCCAGAAGGUGAUGGUAGCCAACCGAGGGGAGAUCGCAAUCCGGGUCUUCCGAGCCUGCACGGAGCUGGGCAUCCGGACGGUGGCGGUCUAUUCCGAGCAGGACAUAGGGCAGAUGCAUCGACAGAAGGCGGAUGAGGCGUAUCUGAUCGGCCGCGGCCUUCCCCCGGUUCAGGCCUAUCUACACAUUCCUGACAUCAUCAAAGUCGCUAAGGAGAAUGCGGUGGAUGCGAUCCAUCCCGGCUACGGCUUCCUCUCCGAGCGAGCUGACUUCGCCCAGGCCUGCCUAGAAGCUGGGGUGCGCUUCAUUGGACCCUGUCCCGAAGUGGUGCGCAAGAUGGGUGACAAGGUGGAGGCCCGUGCCAUUGCUAUUUCUGCCGGAGUGCCUGUGGUCCCCGGGACAGACGCCCCCAUCUCCUCUCUGAGCGAGGCGCAGGAGUUCUCGCAGGUGUACGGCUUCCCCAUCAUCUUCAAGGCUGCCUAUGGCGGAGGAGGACGGGGCAUGAGGGUUGUGCGCAGCUACGAGGAGCUGGAAGAGAACUACACCCGGGCGUUCUCCGAGGCCCUUUCUGCUUUUGGCAAUGGUGCUCUCUUUGUGGAGAAGUUCGUGGAGAAGCCAAGACACAUCGAAGUCCAGAUUUUGGGUGACCAGCAUGGGAAUGUGGUGCACCUGUACGAGAGGGACUGUUCCAUCCAGCGACGGCACCAGAAAGUGGUGGAAAUCGCCCCAGCCGCCCACCUCGACUCCCAGCUGCGCUCUAAGCUCACUGCUGACGCCGUCCGCCUAGCCAAGCAGGUUGGAUAUGAAAAUGCUGGCACAGUGGAGUUCUUGUUGGACAGACAUGGCAAACAUUACUUCAUUGAGGUCAAUUCCCGGCUUCAAGUUGAGCACACGGUGACAGAAGAGAUCACAGAUGUGGAUCUUGUCCAUGCCCAAAUCCACAUCGCCGAGGGGAAGAGUCUGCCAGAGCUGGGCCUGAAGCAGGAGAAUGUGAGCCUCAACGGCUGCGCCAUCCAGUGCCGCGUGACGACCGAGGAUCCCGCCCGUGGGUUCCAGCCCGACACAGGCCGGAUUGAG